AAGCGCUAUUUUGUGAAAGAAAACAAUCUUUAAUUUUCUAAAAAACUAUUUUGUUUCCAAUAAUUAUAUUUUAAUAAUAGCGAGACUAAUAUUCGAAAUGAUAUAAGUGUAUUAAUUUGAGUCAUGGAAGAAGAAAAAUUAAUUCGUAAAAAGAAGAAGACACUAAACGGAAGCAACAGGCGUGCCUUUGCAGAGGCUUGCAAUGAUUUAGCGACGUUUUACUACAAACAGACUAGGUAUAGCGAUGCAUUGGACGAGUACAAAAAUGAAGCAUCAAUUUGUAAGGAACUCGGUCUACGUAUGGAAUGGGGGACUUGUAACAGAAUGAUAGGUGAAAUGUAUAUGCUGAUGGCGGAGUUUGACAAGGCUCUAAAGUAUGAAGAGCGGCAUUUGUCUGUUGCAAAAGAACUUAACAAUUUAGUUGAGGAGCAGCGGGCAAUGGCAACAUUAGGAAGAAUUUAUUUAUUGCAAGGUCAAAGUUCUACAGAUGAUACAGAAUCAAAACAAUCACUCACUGCUGCUGAGAAAGCUUUCAUGAAGAGCCUGGUCCUUUGUGAGAAAUUAAAUGGCAAAGUAACAAAAACUGAACUGAUGGAUAUGCGAGCCCGACUUCUGCUUAACAUUGGCGUAGUACAGGAGCACUUAGGUCAUCUAGAAAAAGCUAUAGACUGUAUACACAAAGCCAUCUCAAUAUGUAAUAGCCAGGAUUUAUAUCAGAUCCUACAUAACUGUUAUACAACUGAGGCUUUACUGCAUAAUAAUAAAAAGAAAGACUUUGCCAAAGCACUGAGCUGUUUGAACAAAGCUUUGGAAGUUGCUAGCAGACUUGAAGAUAAGGUAUUAAAAACAUGUGAAACAUUAUCAGCAAAGGCAGAUAUAUUAUGUAAGAUGUCAGAUUAUCAGAGUGCUAAACAGGUUCUAUUGAAGGCAUGGAAACUUAAAACACCCGAUGAGGAAGAGAGGGAAAACAUUGAAUCAAAUCUUAAAGUUGUUGCAGCAAUGUGCUACACUGAAGACCUCCUCAUAUCAAUGGAUCCAUCAGACCAUGUUACAUUCAAAAAGCUGUAUGAGAAAUUAGGAGAUGGGGCUUGUCAUUUGCGUAACUACGAUAGUGCAGUGGAAUAUUAUCUCAAGAUGUUGGAUCACGCUGAUUUGGCUGGGGACUGUGGAAAGACCUUGAUUCCUAUUUAUGUGAGUUUAUAUCAAACAUACAAAGACAUGGGCUGUUACUACGAGGCGUUACGAUUUUACUACAAAGAGUAUGAACUCAUAAAGGAUGUUCCCAAAGAAGCUUAUACAACCCUGUACAAUAUUGCAGAAGUGUCAUUCCUUGCAAAGAAGCCUUAUGAGCAGAUUGAAAAGGCCUGUCUGGAUGCUAGGAAUGCAGCAAGAGAUUGGAACAAGAAGAAAUAUGAAGUAAGAAUAUUAAAAAAUCUUUUAAAAUACCAAGAGGACUACUGUGAGAUGGAUAAGAUGGAGGAAACAAAAUUAGAACUAAGGGCGCUCGGAUAUGACGAUGUGGAUAAUCUAGAACAUUCGGAAGAUGACCAAAGUUCCGCUGGAGGAGGGGAUGAAGAUACAACGCAUAUUGGCGAUGACAUAUGCCUCGAUGAUUUAACAGAUCUUUCUGAUACAAAUGAAGAAGAUGUGAGUGAUGCUAAGAGAGAAACAAGGAGACGGGGUAAAGGGUUCGCAAUCAAGAAAAACAUGAAGGGAGAAACUCAGCUCCAUGUUGCAUGUAUAUCGGGCAAUAAACUGCUGGUAGAACGUCUCAUAGCUAAAGGACAUCCAGUUAAUAUUAGAGACAACGCCGGAUGGUUACCCCUACACGAAGCCUGUAUACACGGACAUGUUGAGGUUGUUAACAUGUUGAUUGAUAAUGGAGCUAAUAUAAACGAUAGAGGCGGUGUCAAUUGUGAUGGUAUAACACCUCUGUAUGAUGCAGCUAGCAACGGUCACUUAGAAGUAGUACGGUUAUUGCUAGAAAGGGGUGCCUUGCCCUCUUUAAAAACUGACUUCGGUGAAACACCCUUACAAGUACUACAAAAAUGGCGAACGGGUACUAUACUCACUAGAGAUGAAGAGAUUCUGUACAAAAACAUAUCCAAUAAAAUAAACAAUCUAAUCGACAAAACCAAUCCUAUAGAGGCUAUUUUAAAUCGAUCAAAAUCUAAAACUCCCGUAAAACAAAGUAUAAGAGAUAGAACACCUCCCAGUACCUCGAAAAUGAAUACCAGCAUCAAAGAAUUGUAUUCACCCGCAUUCAAAAGACGUAAUAUUAUUGACGAUGAUAGCGAUGACGAAAUAAAUGCUUCACAAAAUGUAAGAGAUCAAACUGCUUUUCCAUCUGAUGAUUCAAAUUCCUCCGAUGGUGAUAUAACUACGAAAAAGAAUAAAGAUAAAAUAUCAGGAGUCAACGAGUAUAGAAAUGCCAUUUCUGCUAUAAGAAAUCGCAACACUGAGAUACCCGAAGGGGAUGUUAAGAAAUCUAAAUCUAAACCAGCAUUAUUAGCCCCAGAAGAAGUUGAUGAUGAUUGGUUAGACGAUGAUAUGGGUAUUAUGAAUAAAGCAAAAAAGCGCAAACUGAGUGAUCCGUUAACUGUAGUUGCGAAGAAAACAUCCAUUGAUAGUUUGAAAGACAGCAUAGAGAACUUAAAUAAAAUAAGCCCAUUGACCGACAAUAAUGGAAAUUCAAAAAAGAAAUCAAGUUUCAAUGAAGUAAUUGAUAUGAGCGAAAAUAGUUCAGAUUCAGAUAAUUUUCGGAUAAACGAAAAUAUUUGUCCACAAAAAGCGUCAGAUUCAUUAAGGAAUACAAAUAGGGAAUUGAAUAGUUCUAGAAUGAUUGACACAAGAGAUAAUAUGAAGAGGCGAUGGAAAAGGCAAAGCACGUUAUUAAAAGCUGGUUUUCACAGACGUAAAUCUGAAUUUGACCAAUCUAGUAAUAGCGGCAGUGAUAGUGAAGUUAGAGAACCGAGCAGAAGGCCUACAAAGACGUUUGCAAGGAAUUCUUCCGGCGAGAACUUUGGAUAUGCAAACACCAAUGAUGGUUUUAAUAUAAUGCAAAAUGUUAAUCCGAAUAUUGUGCAACCAAUGAAUUUAAUACAACCUAUAAACAUUGUCCAAUCUAGAAAUGGGAGGGCGAUGCAAACGCAAAUAUUGCCUCCUGCCGCGGUUAAGGUAAAGAUAGAAGACAAAAUGUUGUUAAUAUCGCUAAAGUUGGACAUCAUAAAUAAAUUGACAAUCAGUUGGCUAGUCGAAGAAGUCAAGUCGAGAUAUUACAAAUUAACGGGCGUGCGUCCAGUAUUCAGCCUCAUGACGUCAGACGGCGCAAUAUUGUCGGAGGACGAUCCGCUCAGUCUAGUUCUAUCUUCUCCUGAACUACAAACCUGUAUAACGACAUUUAAAGCUUCGCCCGCUGAAGAGAGAUAUCUGGAAUGUUGUGAUGCUUUAGAAAUUUCUCCAUCAGAGGAAAUCCAACAGGCUGUGGGCAGGAGUCACACUACAAGAAGACUAGCACUAGGCUCAGAAACACUAACCGCACUACAGAUCCGUCCGCUAUUCCGCGCACUAACGCACCAAUCGCACAUAACCGCACUAAUGUUGCCCAACAACAAUAUAAGUGACGACGCAAUGAAAUACUUAACAGAAAGCAUAUGUACAAUGAAACAUUUAACAUUAUUGGAUCUAAGUAAGAAUAAUAUAACCGGAGAAGGAGUUAAAAUAUUACUUAACGCUUUCGAGAAAUCUACAAGACCAGUAUGUCAAUCAUUAGAAGAUAUCGAUCUAAGUGACAAUCCUAUUGCUGACGAUGGUUUUAAAGCAAUAGCAAAACUGACACAAUACCUAAAACUUAAAGUACUAAAGCUUAAUAAUUGUAAAAUAACAGAAAAAGCACCUGAUGAGAAUAUGAAGUUGAAUUUUGAUACAUUAGAGACGAUAGAUAUGAGUAAUAAUACAAUUAAACAGUCAGCAGUUGGAUCAUUGAUGGUGGCUUUAAAUCCCAAUGUGUUAACUGAUUUGGAAAUAGAUAAUGUUGGUGUGGAAGGAAACGUCGUUGCGUGUGUAGCGGGCUUUAUGGACAAGGCUAAAGAUUUAAAAUUGCGAAGAUUCGGUUUGUCCAAUUGUAAAUUGGUGGAUGGACAGUUUAUGAGAAUAUUUAGGUGUCUCGGCCGGGCCAAGCAUUUGCAAUCAAUAACAUUGAAAGAAAACAACCUAACGUUCAUCACACUGAAGAAGUUGCUGCAACGGCAACCGCCAGUACCGCAAAUAAACCUCGAGGGGUGCCAGGAUAUAUUCAAAUACUCCCCAGACUCCGAUUUCCAAGUGUGGCUCCCAGCUAUAGACUUUGGAAGGUGUAUUCCAGAAAUAAAUGUCACCCCACUCUCAAAAACGGACGAAGAAAGGGAGAGUUUCAAGUUAUUUUCAAAAACUUGGUUAAGUUGCUUCAAGGGCAGAGGCAUGAUCGAACAUUGUGAAGGUGGCGUCACCAAGUUUACCGCAAGAUAGUAUCGUGAGAAUAGAAUAGUGAUCCCACUUCUGAGUUAACAAUUAGUGUGAUUGCAGCGAUUCGUUAAUCGUCUAUUUACACUAAAAAAUGAAUGAUUAACGCUUAAGCCGGUUUGACGUAAUAGUUUCACACUAAGAGCUACGUAUGCUUAUAACGAGAUUUCAAAAUUCAUCUAGAGAGAACUGUGUGCAAAAUCAAUAGUACUAAAUCAAUUGCACAAUGUUAUGCUUAAGACCACAAGUCUGCUAUUUCAAUUGUAUGUUAGUGGUCAACGAAAAUAUCUAAAGUGUUCAUGAAAAAAAUAGUUAAAAACCGUUUAUUAACAUUAAACAAUUUGGCAAUCCAUAAAAAAUGUUUGCGCUAGCCUAACGUUGCUGUCAUUCGCUCGGUUGCCGUAAGUUUUUCUGAAUUAUUUAAGAAGAAAGUGUGCACUGUUGAUGGAAAACAUGCUGCAUACAAACUGCUUUAACUAGGUAUUUGUUGCGCAUCAUAUUUUAAUAAUACAAACAAAAACCUUGAAAAACCUUACUCGAAAUGGACAUAACUUAGUGACAUCUGCACAUCGUUUGCGAAAGGUGCAGAAGUCAUUUGUGGGAUUAAUGCUUUGAAGCAGGCUUCGCUCUCAUGUCUCACAAGAUAGAAAAUGUUAAAGAUUGUAAACUGUAAAAUUAUGUUGAAAAAGAGCAGUCUGCCGAGUUUCUUGCCGGCUCCUCUCGGUGAAAUCUGCCUUCCUUGUUACUACAAAUAGACUGACUUGUCGUUUCAAAAGUGAUUAUAAUCCUAUCCUGCUUGAAUUUUGAAUUUAUUUUUUGAAUAAUAAACGAUUUUAUUAGUACUUUUGAUGUAGACUGACUACUGUUUCAAUAGCAGACCGUAUCGUAUCGGAUGCAGUGGCUUGCAUAGGGUUUUU